AUGGAUCUUAUCGCGACAGUGACAACGACGGGCCACGGCGACCGCCACAACAGCAGGGAUGUUGUCGAUGUCUGGAGGCUGAAUGGCCAGAGAGUCUUUGGGGCAACCUUUGAGAAGGGCGAAGAUCAUGACGGAGACGAUGCUGGACCUGCUGAGCAAGUCGGAAAAAGAACUCGGAUGAGGAAUGGGGAUGACAGGAAGCAGGGAGGAUUUGUCAGGGCUGUCAGCUGGAGAAGAGAUGGUCAAAUUCUCGCAGUUGCCUGCGCUGACGGCAGCGUCUCCUUGAUCAACGCCUUCACCGGCAAGAUCGCGCAUCGGCUUGAUGCGGCUCGGAAUUUAGAAGGACCGACAACCGCCACGAUGAGUUUCAGUUCGUCCCAGUCUUCGCAAUCCCGAGCGGCGCCUGCCAGCAGCUCAGGUUCUAAAUCUAUACCUCCGCCUGUGCGACCGGCGACCAUCUCUUCGAUCUCGUGGACGAAGCAUUUCGCCUUUCCAAAUGCUCUCACAAUCCGCUCGCGUCUCAACCAGUCCGGAUCCAAAGUCUCGCUCGAUCAGCUUCUCGGUCUAAAGGCCGACAUGGAAAACAUCCUUCAAAUCGCGGCUGAUUUACCCCAGGCACUAAGCGCAAUCGAUAUUGAGGACUCCUUGCCAAAACUCGCCACUCUCCCGCCCCUUGGUGCCGCUGUCGAUGACGACGUCUUCAGCUCCCGUGCCAGCAUCGAUGCUAUUUUCCAUUCGGACGGUUCAUCCGGAUCGGCAGGGUCAGGAGUUGGGGACGUCGAUGCACUCUUGGUUGGAAUGCAGACUGAAGAGGGUGGUUGCGCGGUCAACUUGAAGAUCUUUGACUCCUUUGAGGUCGGGACCAUCGAGGUGGAAGGACGUCUGCGUUCCAGAGUUGGAACCCGUCAUGUGGUCGGCUUUGGCGGUCAUCCCUUUCUGUCCACGGUGUUUGUGGUCGUCGAACACUCCAACCCUCAUGAGACUCCCGAUAGCUCCCUCCACCUGAUUAGCCUGGACCUGAGCUUCAUCACCCAGACAGGUCGGAAUCUGCCUUUGGUGGCAAGAAAGGCAACCCGGUUAGCAAAUCUUCUACGAUACAUUGCACAAAUCCAGACGCAGUUGCGUUUGGAGGUGAAAGCUGCUUUUGAUUUGCCGGCGAGGUUCCUGCACAACAUCGAUGAGUCGCUGGCUGAAGGUGAUCCCAAUGCCGAUUUCGUCUAUGCCGCGCAUCAUCUUGCCGUCACUGGUGAAUGUCUUCCUCGCCUCAAAGAGUGGCUUGUCGACGAGGUUGGUGAGCGAGGCCUCAAGAGGUGGGAAAAGUCGGUGGGUGACUGUCUUGACCUUGUCCGCAGAAUGACUAGCCAAAACCUCAUGCCCGCGCUGGAGACAUGUCAGGCGAUCUUAUCGAGACUCGACGGGCUUGCGAAGUACGGGCCUACAAGCUCGAAAUUGGGAUUGGACGAAAAGGUCGUCGGAAGGGUUAGAGAGACGGUGGACGCAUUGACCAUACUCGCCGAGGAUCUACUGCUCGACGUCGGGACUGAAAUCAAGGAGUUCACGGCGUUCAUGAAGUGGAUGAAAUUCGAGUGUGAGGUCGAAGCCUUGGAAGAGGGCAGUGAACGGGCAGAAGAGCUACGAGAAUCGUGGACAGGUGAAAGCGAAAUCAUGAUGGUGCUAGAAUACGUGAGCGGUGCGAUGAAGGAGACCCGUUUGAAGAAAUAUGUUGCCCUUGAUGGCACCGAGCAAGAUGGUGGACGCGAUGUCGAGACAAUCGACGAGGAUACGGACGCGGGAUUCUACACCAAUUACAUCAAACGACGGUCUGGUGGCAAACCAUUACCAAGUCUUGGAGCAAUGGUCGAACGACUGCAGAAGCAAAGCGAUAUCGUGUUUGGACAGGUCGCAGAGACCUUCAGAAAGAGCAUACUCGGCAGUUACCUGUUCGAAUUCUCUCGGGGCUGUGUCGCAGAGAGGAUGGAUAUCAGAGUCAUACCCGAGCAGAAUGAUGUCUCCCUUUACCGCCUCGUCGCUAUGUUCAAGAACGACAAGGCUUUCCGCGUUGUCUCGAUCCGGAUGCGGCUCGACGGUGGGAAGAACCCGAAAGUCGAAGACAGAAGGGAUGUCAGUUCGACCAUACCUGAAGUUGAGGAAAUCCUUGAUGCGAAGAUUGUCGACGACAGAGCAUUUCUCGUUCUGGCUGCUACCACUGCAGAUGUGAGGAUCUAUCAGAUGGCGAUCGACACAGCCGAGGAAAGAGAUGACUGGGAAGUUCGACAGAUCUUUGAAGAAGGCCGAAUGCACGCCGGAUUGAAGCCGGCGCGGCUCGAGAUCAAUGGGAGAGAAGGUAGGAGGGCAGUCACGGUGGUGGACGAGGCUGGGAUGGGAUUUCUGGUGCUGGAUUUAGAUGGCGAAAGCGAUGUCGGACAGCGUGACGACGAAGAGGGGGCAGGCGAUGAGAUGUCGACCGGCUGA